AUGAGCAAUGAGAAUGAGGAAAAGAACGUGACAAUAUCCGACCGGCCUGAGGAACAAAAGGAGGAGCAACAGCUGAUUAAGCAAAAGACUAAGAGGAUUGCAACCUUGGAUGCAUUUAGGGGCCUCACCAUAGUGUUUAUGAUACUCGUGGAUGAAUUGCUGGAGGAGAAUAUUCACGGAUUGAUCAUUCGCCAUGGAAUGGAUGCAAUUUGGCUAAUUUGUAAUGCCUUUUUCGUCUUCAUUGUUGGGGUUGCAAUAGCCCUCGCGGCUCGCUCUAAAUGUAUGGCUUUUCUUUUUCUUGAUUUUCCCCUGCUCGUCAUUUUCCAUUUGUGCGAAAAGGAUAUGAAGAAAAUUCUGAAGGUCAAGUCAGCGAUUAGAAAGAUAAUCUUAAGAACAUUGAAGCUUCUCUUUUGGGGAAUUAUUCUGCUAGAUGAUCCGUUCUAUGGAGUUGGCAUGAAGCAAAUCAGAUGGUGUGGCAUCCUCCACGUGAUAACUUCUCAUCCAUCUAUUGGAAAUAAUAGCUUUGGUAUACUUUGUCGUGGCUAUCAUAGAGACCCUCACCACGGAGCUCAGACCAACAGUUCUAAGCCCCGGUUAUUUCUCCAUUUUCACCACCUACAAAUGGCAAUGGUAAAAUGUGGUAUGAGAGGGCAUUUUGGACCUGCCUGCAAUGCAGUUGGUUAUGUGGAUAGACAAGUUUGGGGUAAUAAUCACCUCUACUCGCAACCCGUUUGGUCACGAUUAAAGGUCAGAGUUCAGAAUGACCACAUCACAGAAAUUCAUACACUAGAAUUCAAAAGAAGCAUCGUUUUUUGGUUUCAUAUGUUGAUUCUGGUCCACUACGCAAGAAUGCACCAAGUUGGUGCUGCGCUCCGUUUGAACCUGAAGGCCGUCGAGGUUUGCUUUCCUCACAUUUCAACCAUAACACUUACUGUAUGGACAUGUUUGAUAUGCUGUGUUGUACUGGAUGGACGAAUUAUCAAAGAUAACUAUAAAAUCUCGUUGAAUAAUGUGAAGCAAUGA